AUGUAUCCCUACAAGACAACAACCCAACAAACAGUCAAAAUGAGCAAAGAAUCCAAGUAUCCCUUAACAGAACUUGGAUCAAAUGUUCUUCGUGAAAAACAGCCAAUUGAAGCACAAGCCAACACUGGUAAAAGCGCAUUUAGUGAUAUGGGUUCAAUUCAACUUACAAUUCUGACAAUAUCUUCCCGACCAAGUAGUAAAUCCAAAAACAAUCAAAUUAAAGGUGUUAGAUCUGUCACCUUUGAUGAUGAUGUAAAUGAGAUAAGUUUCCAGUCAUUCCAUUCACAGCAACUGAAACGGAAUGAAAUGAUCAAUUCUAAUGCUGCAAUUAUUUGCGAUUUGCUUGGAAUUAAAUUUGACACUGAAGGUAUGCUUGUUGAUGAAUUUAUCUUCAAGGAAGUCAUUGAAAGGAUUACUAAUAUGGCAAAGGAAAGCGAAGGUAUAAAACUGAAAGAUUCUGAGAUUGAACUAUUAAAGGAAAAGAUAAUCAAGAUUACCAGGAAACUUGAAAACUCAACAGAGUUUCUAAACCGAAACAAGGCAGAAUUCUAUGAGUAUAGAAAGAAGAAUUCUGAUGUAAUUAAACUGGUUGACUCCCUUUCCGCCGAUCUUGUAAACCAAGUAGAAAUAGUGAACCAAGAAUUAAAGUUGGAGAGAGAGAAAAAUAACAAAUUACAAACCCAGGUUUUUGAAUAUAGAACAGAAAUUACUAAGCUCAAUGAAAGAAAUGGAAUAUUAAAACUGGAGAAUAAGAAGCUUUUAGCUGAUUGUGUAUUUAAGGAAAAGGAAAUAAGUACUUUGAAGGAAACAGCACAAAACCAAAUAAACUACAUUCAUGAACAAGAUCAAAUGAGAGCCAAGUUAGAUGAGGAUUGCGGGAAGCUAUUAGACAGCCAAAAUGAAGAAAUAUCUAAGUUGGUUAAAGAGAUCGAGGAUAAAGAAAAAUCACUCAUUGCCAAAGAUGAUGAAAUUAAUAAAUUACGUCAAGAAUUUGAUUCAAUGAAAACGAAGGUUGCAAAUAAAACUGAAAUGGUUCAACAAAAGCUAGAAAAGAAAAUUAGAACGAAAACUGAAGAGAUAAAACAACUUAAAAUCACGCACCAAAAUGAAAGACAAGAGUUUCAAGACGUAAUCCUCAAAUUAACAGAAAAUUACACCACAUUAACCAGGGAUCAACCAAAUACUACAGUGGAUCAAAGUCAAUCCCUCCGGCUUUCAAAUCUCAUUUUAGCCAGUGCAUGUCGCAAGUUUUUCAAAACAAACUUGGACUUUAUUGGGAAGUUUCUUCAAGAAGAGUCUGUUUCUUACUAUCAAUCACUACUUGAAAAAUUCGAUUCAAUAACUACGUUUGAUGUUGACGAUCUAGUCUUACUUAAUCGGAUGUGCAAAAUUCAUUUCCAUAUGCUUGAACAUUUGCUGACUGAAUACUGGUUAUAUACCAAAGAACUUGGAGAGCUAUCACUACGUGAACAGAAGGGGCAAUGCUAGCUAAGUUGUAGAACAUAUGAAUAGAAUGUAACACACGUGUAAUAAUGUUUGUCAGAGUCACAUUGUUCAUUUAGUAAUAAAUUAGUUUUUGCGCUUUUUUGCGCGUUUUAGCGCAUUUCAAAUGGUAGCGAUAUGUCAUCGAAACACCCGUUGUCAGAAAUUGGAAUUCUCUUCAAAGAUGCGCUUUUCAAGCUUAUAAACCAACAAUAUGCCCACGGCUCCAAGAAUUUUCAUUUCAAUAUAACCAAGAUGUCCAAUCCUCUCAAGAUAGUAGAUAUUUCACAAGAUGAUCAAGCCCUUGUUCAAAAGCAACUAUUAGACGCAGCCACUACUCAAGGGUUUCUUUUCAUUGAAGGACAUGACUUUACCCAACAGGAAGUUGAUUCUCUAUUUGAAUUAUCAAAUGAAUUCUUUAAAUUACCCCACGAAUAUAAACAGAAAUUUCCUAUAGAUGCUUCUAACCAUGGUUAUUCUGAUUUUGCUGGGGAAAAUUUGGACCCUAAGAAUCAAAAGAAGGGAGAUCCUAAAGAGGCUCUUAACUUCUGUGCCUUGAAUUUCAAGACUGGAGACUCGUCCAAACCAAUUCCAGAUUGGUUUACCAAUGAUUCAUCGAGAGAAGAACUCUUGCGUGGUGUCAUUGUCAGAUUAUAUAAGUUGUCAAUUAGAAUUCUCGAGAUUCUUGCUCAAGGUUUGGAAAUUGAAGACACUGAUGGUUUGAAGGGCAAGGAUUGGUUUAGCGCAAAAUAUGCGCCAGACAAGUCAUCAGGAUCCACCUUCCGAUUACUUCACUACCCUGGACAAAAGUCAUUAAAUCCGGAAAGUGUCGUUAGGGCAGGUGCUCAUACCGACUAUGGUGCAGUCACCUUGUUAUUUCAACGAGAAAACCAAGCAGGAUUGGAAAUAUACUCGCCAGUUUCAAAACAAUGGGAAUCCGUUCCCUUUGUUCCAUCAAAUGAUGCAGGUGUGGCUCCUCCCAUUGUAGUAAAUAUAGGCGAUUUAUUGAGUUAUUGGACAGCGGGCCUACUCAAAUCCACAAUUCACCGGGUCAAGUUCCCUAAAGAGGUACAAGAGACUGGACAGGACAGAUAUUCUAUUGUAUUUUUUAGUCAUCCAAAUGAUGAUGCUUUAUUGGAGCCUGUUCCAUGUUCCGUUAUUAGAAAUAGAGAGGGAAGAGGGGCAAAUAACGCAGAGGUUAAAAUAACUGCAAGAGAACACCUCCAACGGAGAUUGGCUGCUACUUACGGAUGGUAAGAACCUGUAUAAUUAGUGUAUAUUUUAUAGUAAGUUUAAGAACAUGAAAUUUAAUGCGAAAGAUCUGUUUCCUGAUUGGGCAAGUGUGAAAUUUGUGUCGGCUAUUACGCAAUUUGGAUAAU